AUCGGAUUGACUCGAAUUUGAACCCGGAUUCGGAUCUGGCUUGAUAACAGAUGUGGAUUGUUACCGUUCGCAUCAGCCAAUCCAAUCCACCAUAUUUUUUUUUCCGGGUCUUCUUUACGUCGGAUGGGAUCGCGGUUCACGCUGACGUAGCGUACGGACUGUGCGAACCUCACGUGUGCUAGCAAAUCUACUGACAGGUACGAUGCGGUGGGCAUGGUCAUUGUUGCUGCUGAGCCUCUCCUGUGGCCAGCAGAUGCACCAGCAGCCUCAGCAACAGAUGCAGCAUCAGCACCAGCAGAUGCACCAGCAAAUGGGAGUACCACAGAUUGGGAUGCCCCAGCAGGGCAUGCCGCAGCAGGGCAUGCCACAGCCUGGCAUGCCUCAGCCUGGCAUGCCACAGCCUGGCAUGCCUCAGCAACAGUACGCCCAGCCUCAACAGAUGCAGUACAACGCUCAUCCACAGCAGCAGCAGCAGCAGGGGUACAUGCAGCAACCACAACACGGGCACCCCCAGCAGCAACAAGGCAUGGUGGCUCAGCAUAACGGUGUGCCCCAAAUGGCCCCAGGCGGAAGCUUCAUCCGCGAGAAGGCCCACGUGCAGGACAGGGCGCACAUCCAGGAGCACCUGAGCGAAAUGCUCGGGCCCAACCAGGACAUGAGCAAGAUGAGCGAGGAAGAGCUUCAGUUCCACUACUUCAAGCUGCACGACAAUGACGACAACAACAAGCUGGACGGGCUCGAGCUCAUCAAGUCCUUAAUCCACUGGCACGUGGAAGAGAGCAAGCACCUGGCUAACCAGGGUGGCCAACAGCCAACACCCCACGGCACGACCAAGCUGUUCACGGACCAAGAGUUGGCCAACAUGAUUGACCCGAUUCUGGACAUGGACGACAAGAACAGGGACGGAUUCAUAGACUACCCCGAGUUUGUUGCCGCUCAGAAGUCCAGAGGCUUCUAGUCUCGCGGACUGGACUAGAGAAGACGCAUCACUCCGACUUUUUUCUUUAACAUCUCAACAUCGCAGCAUGUGUGUGGAAAACGUGUGCUCCAGGGAAGGCCGGUUCAGACAUGCAUCGCAGCACUAAUGCAGCUCUGACUUGAACAUAACUUAGGACUAGUUCGGUGCUAUGUCACUAACGUAGGGCAAAAUCAGCAUGGUCAGCGUGAUUUCCAGCGUUGACUAAUUGUGUUGAGGUAGCUCUGUUGGGUGUUAGCAGGUCUUCGGGAACGAGUUUCUGCGUUUCUCAUGACUCUCCUGAGCCAAAAAAUUUAAAUGAAAUUAAAUAAUAUAGUGCAAAGUCUGCGAUCAGCAAGGUUAACAUUAUUUCCAGUGCCAACUAAUAGCUCUAAGGUAGCGCUGUGGUGUGUAUGUGAACGGGCCUUCAAUGUCAAUACUUCUGCUUAUCUGCAUGUUAUGCAGAUCGGGAAUCGCUGCAAUCUAGGGAAGGAGCUUGGCACGUGGUUCAGUCGAAUGUGAACCGAAGCAUUACGUAAGUGUCGUCGCUCUAUUCCCUACAUUGCAGUGACCCUGUGCAAUGUGGGGAAGCAUGCGUACUGGUGUUUUUUGGAGUGUUGCAGUUUUGAGAUAUUGAAUACAGCUGUCUGUGGCGACUGCCACGAGUUGUGUUCACGCCAGGGAUCACUCGAUCUGAAACUUGCCUCCUGUCGGAUGUCUGAUCUGUCGGCAGUUGUUGCGCCAUGUCGGCUCGCCUCAUCUCUGCCAUUUGUUGACCCGACUUCGUAGGCCAGAAUGAUUUAGUAGACAUGAAGGUUUUGUUUUCUUCUUUAACCUGAUUCGAUAAUGUUGGUUGUGCUUGAGAAAAUGCUCCGCUUAAAUUAUGUUUCAAUUUUCGACCUUCUACUAACAAGGGCCACUUGCACAGAACCUUGUGAUGAAUCUCAUAACCACACCGCUUAACCUGUCUCCUUUUUUGCCGUGCUGCUAUUGGUGUGUUUCCGUGUCACAUGUUACUAUGCCUGUUUUUGCUUUUGAACAAUUUUUUGUUGCAGAAACUCUUUUAUUUUUUUCACUAGCGUGUCUUUUUUCCGCAUGUAUUUUUCCAGAUUGUGUUGUUUUUUUUACUUUGCCGGUUCCAAACAACUUGCCUUUUGUGGUGGCACUUUGUGAACACACUCAUUUUGGUUGUCACAAAUUCUACAUACUUCUUUGCCACUCUUCGUACGUGAGCUUAGUUUUUUUGCAGUGUCCUAACCACAUAGGUCAGCUUUUUUUUUUUUUUUUUUAAUAUUAGAAUGAGUGGUUUUUUGGGGUGAUAGUGCUGAUUUUUGGAAGCAUUUACCGAGGAAUUUUUGCACGUGUCUUGCGAGGGACCAGGAAGUGUAUUUAGGUUUUUUGAGGGAACGGAAGUACUAAACGUCAGCUGUUAGAACAAAUUGUUUUUCCGGUUACUCACGCUGAAAGUCUUCUCGCAUGCAAAUGACGCGUUCAUUCCGCUAAGUUACGGCUUGUCACAGUUGAGUGACACGGACGAACAAAACAUCUUUGUUGAUAUGCAAAGGCGCCUUCAGCCAUUUUAAGGAACAACUUGACAAAACAUGAGAUGCGCUGCUGAAUGAUGUGGGCCUUUGCGUGCAAUUUUAUACCGGAAACGCUUCACGUAAAAAUGCUGUUUAUAAUGCGCUAGGCUUCAUGUGUAGCGAGAUUGGUAAAUUCAGUAUUAAUACAUCGCUUGCAAGUUUUGUGAGGGAGUUUCCUUUUCUGAGCGCCGUUCUUGCCACACGAAAGAUAAUUUAGAGAACCGCAGCCACCUUUCCUUUUAAAGGUGGAUACCUUCUGUGCCCUUUUGGCCGUACCUUUUUGCGUUGUGACCUUUCGCUCAAACAUUCCUUCGUCUGAAAUGUGUGUUGUAAUUUACGAGCUUGCUGGACCUGGUAACGUUUUAAGCGUACAACACCUUGCAUUUGUUUUCUGUUCUAGGUCAAUUAUUACUUUGUUUUACGCCAACCUGCAUCGGUGAUGAGAAUACGUAAAUUAAUCAUGGUGACUCAAACUCGUCUUUAUUGAGGCUUUUCAAUUGUUUGUGGCACGUGUGUGGCCUGCAUGUACGUAUGAUACAGAAACUGCGUUAUGUCAACUGUGGUACAUUUUCUAUGGCGUGGUUUUUACGCUUACCGCAGUUAUGCGAGCACUCAUGAUCUUUCUGUCUCACACUAUUGGAUGACAUUUUUUUUUUUUUUUUUAUCCAAAUAAACAAUAAUUUGACC